AUAACGGAGAAGGAAGCGACGGCCCAGUUCGUCUUUUCAUUGAAAAAAGAAAAAGAGGAAAAAUUACUGGGGACCUGAUUGCGGUACUCCACUCCUGUCCACGUCAAAAACGCCUGGCUGAACUAUUACAAGCAGACAGUGUUAAGAGAGCUGUGAAUUGAGAGGCAGACAUACUGUGGCAGAUCCCUUUUGCUGAAGGCACAAAGGUCAGAGCAGCACAGGGUUUUGGUCACCCCCCCUCCUCUCUUCAGCCAUCUCCAGGAUGAUCCACAGCCUGUUCCUGGUGAACUCCUCGGGGGACAUCUUCCUGGAGAAGCACUGGAAGAGUGUGGUGAGCCGCUCGGUGUGUGACUACUUCUUCGAGGCGCAGGAGCGGGCCAGCGAGCCGGAGAAUGUCCCGCCUGUCAUCCCUACGCCUCACCAUUACCUCAUCAGUGUUCUCAGGCACCGCAUCUACUUCGUGGCAGUCAUCCAGAGUGAGGUGCCGCCGCUUUUCGUCAUCGAGUUCCUGCACAGAGUGGUGGACACAUUCCAGGAUUACUUUGGGGUGUGUACAGAAGCAGCCAUCAAGGACAAUGUUGUAGUGGUGUAUGAGCUACUGGAGGAGAUGCUGGACAACGGCUUUCCUCUUGCAACUGAGUCUAACAUCCUGAAGGAGUUGAUCAAACCACCUACUAUUCUGCGCACAGUGGUUAACACCAUAACAGGCAGCACCAACGUCGGGGAGCAGCUACCGACAGGCCAGCUGUCAGUGGUGCCAUGGCGACGCACAGGAGUCAAAUACACCAACAACGAGGCCUACUUCGAUGUGGUUGAAGAGAUUGACGCCAUUAUAGACAAGUCAGGUUCAACCAUAACAGCGGAGAUUCAGGGAGUAAUAGAUGCCUGUGUGAAACUGACAGGCAUGCCUGACCUCACCCUCUCAUUCAUGAACCCACGGCUCCUGGAUGAUGUCAGUUUCCACCCGUGUGUCCGAUUCAAGCGCUGGGAGGCGGAGCGGAUCCUGUCCUUCAUCCCCCCUGACGGAAACUUCCGCCUGCUGUCCUACCACGUCAGCUCCCAGAACCUGGUGGCGAUCCCUGUCUAUGUCAAACACAACAUCACGUUCCGAGAGGGGAGCUCCCAGGGGCGCUUCGAGCUGACGCUGGGGCCCAAGCAGACCAUGGGCAAGGCUGUGGAGUCCGUGCUGGUCAGCAGCCAGCUGCCUCGCGGGGUCCUCAACACCAACCUCAACCCCUCCCAGGGCACCUACACUUUCGACCCCGUCACUAAGCUGCUGUCCUGGGAUGUAGGGAAGAUCAAUCCACAGAAGCUGCCCAGUCUGAAGGGGUCCAUGAGCCUGCAGGCCGGGGCCUCCAAACCUGACGAGAACCCCACCAUCAACAUCCAGUUCAAGAUCCAGCAGAUGGCCAUCUCAGGACUGAAGGUGAAUCGCCUGGACAUGUAUGGGGAGAAGUACAAACCUUUCAAAGGCAUCAAGUACAUGACCAAGGCUGGAAAAUUCCAGGUCCGGACAUAGAGGCUGAUUGCUGAACCCCAGCAGCCAACGGACCCCAACCACUGCAAGAGAUGGAGAGAGAAACAGAGAGAGAAGGGAUGGUAUUGACACAUGCAUUUCAGGUUUUACGCACUCAUGCUGUGGGCCGAGUUGUUUAACUGAAGGGAUGGGUGACACCACAUGCUAAAUACCGUGUAUGGUGAAUAUUUACAAAGGCCUGUGUACAGAGCUAAGAAUGUCUGUGAGUAUUGUUGUCUGCAGCUUGUAUGCUACAGCCUGAAAUGGAGCCCUCCUUUGGAGUCUCUUUACUAUACUUCCUGAGAGAGAACGAAAGGCACACACCCCCACCUCAAAUCAUCUCGUUUGCCUCUUGUAUAAUGGACAUUGCUUUUCUUUCUCCCUCUCCUUCUCUGCCACCCCCUCUGUUCCUGUCCUCCUGGUCCCUCUUUCCCUUCCUCUCCAUCCCUCCCUCCCUCAUCUCCCCACUCCUCCUUCCGUCCUUAUUUUUGUCUACCUCUUCCACUGCCUCCAGUGCAAUUUCUCCCCGACCUCCCUCCCACAAUGCUCUCAUAAGCUUUUACUAAUUAUUAUUAUGUUUAUUAAGUGAUUUUAAUGCUCCUGCUACUUACCAACAACACUAGUCAGGACACUGGCACGUUGUACUAGAGAAGUUUCUCAUUCCACCUUAGAUAACCCCUUGCACUAUAUACCCCACAUUCCUUUGUGUAACCCUCUAGAGACACUCCUUUAUUUGUCUGGCUACUGUAUCCAACCACUACAGGACUGUUGUGAUAACCUUUCAUCUGGCUAGGAUUUUACUGGCAUGAUGGAAGUACCAUGCUGUAGGAUACAGUGGCCUAUGUCCUAUGUAUCUUAUAUCCUUAAGUCCAACAUUUCUGAUGAUAAGACUAACUACAGCCCUUGAAUACUGUAUGUUGUACUACAAUUAUUAUGUUGCAUACACCCAGAGUUUCAAAUAUAUGUGGCAUGCAUAGGGACCAAUAGCAUAGUGUAUCUCUCAAUACUGUAAUUCUUCUACAGUAAUUUCAAGACGAGGGAAGUGCUGUAACUGGAGGGCCAAAUUUGGGUGUUGUGUGCAAUGUAGCUGAACACUGGGUGACACUGCACAACAUGGGUACUGACUUGUACUAUGUCAUAAAUGGAUGGCAGAGUUGCUGAAUGUUAUGGGUUUAGAGUGUUAUAGGUUUGCAUUAGUGUUUAUCUUGUGUUUUUGUGUUUGUAAGUCAGACUAAAUGAAGGUUUACAGUGCUGUGAAAAUAAAGACAAGAAACCAGAGGUGUGCUCUCUAGCAGUCUUUAGAGUGUGUUUUUUGGGGUUCAACUUUUAUUAGAAAGGGCGUU